AAUGUAUGAUUGAUUUUCUGAGGAGUAUUCUGACGUUUAGUUUGUCCAAAUUGUUUAGUUUUGUCAGAUUUGCGAAGAUUACGUUUUUAUUCUGAAGCACUGAGCCGGAAGUGUCGGUGUUGUUGCCUGUGUGUCGCCUCGUGUCUGUCAGGUGUUUCAUGUUAGCCACUGAGCCUGGCACUAGCUCUAGUAACACAUCAUCCAGUCGUACCUCUGUCAGUAUGUCUUCCCAGGAAGAUGGGGCCGCAGAGCCGGGCCCUAACACAGUGGGAUCAUCGACCUCUACCUCCGAUGAGAAUGAUGCCACCACAGGGGACAUCAUCAGCGUCACCAUUGGAGCGACCGUGCCCACAGGGUUUGAGAACACUGCUGCAGAAGAGGUCAAGGAGAAAAUCGGGGUUGACGCACGUAUCAGCAAAGAUCGUGGUCGUAUAUACUUUCCAAUAACCACUGACAAGCUUUUCCAGGUCCAUCUUCUGAAGUCUGUGGACAACCUGUUUGUUGUGGUAGAUGAAUAUGAUCAUUACCAGUUCAAAGAAUCAAAGGAGGAGACAUUGAUGGAGUUGCAGCAGCUUGCCUCAAAACUCCCCUGGACUAAUGCCUUAGAGGUUUGGAAACUAAAUGGUGCCCUAAAAAAGAAGAAAGGCUACCGGAAAGGAGGAAAUGGCACCAAAGUAAAACCUAAUAGGGAGGUCACUGAUUCAACUGUAGUUGAUACUGAACAGGAAGAGCUGCCUCAAGCGGUGUGUGCUGCUGAAAGCCAGACAAAGAUGGAGAAGAUGCCUGACCUGGAGUCUAGCACGCAGGACUCGGAGGAGGCAGCGCCCAAGGUCAAACUCCUCAAGUUUCGUGUGACGUGCAACAGGGCCGGUGACAAACACAGCUUUUCCUCUAAUGAGGCAGCCAGAGACUUUGGUGGAUCCGUACAGGAAUUCUUCCAGUGGAAAGCGGACAUGACAAAGUUUGACAUAGAGGUUUUACUAAACAUACACAAAGAAGAGAUGGUGAUCGGCAUCGCACUCACAGAAGAGAGUCUUCACAGGAGAAACAUCAGUCACUUUGGACCCACUACUCUGCGGUCUACCUUGUGCUAUGGCAUGCUCAGGCUGUGUAAACCUCAGGCAUCUGAUAUAAUACUUGAUCCGAUGUGCGGGACAGGAGCAAUACCGUUGGAGGGGGCCAUUGAAUUUAACUGUUCAUUCUACAUUGCCGGUGACAACUAUGACAUGGCAGUUAACCGCACAGUCAACAAUAUAUGUCACAUCCAGAAACGGAGGGCAGCCAAGGGCAGUGCAUCUGGAUUGCCCAUUGACACAGUACGUUGGGAUCUGUGCAAUUUACCCAUAAGGACCAGCUCUGUUGACAUAAUCAUCACUGACAUGCCCUUUGGAAAGAGGAUGGGUUCUAAGAAGAAGAACUGGGACCUUUACCCCUCCUGUCUGAGGGAAAUGGCCCGUGUGUGCAGACCAGGCUCAGGAAAGGCUGUCUUGUUGACCCAGGACAAGAAAUGCUUCUCCAAGGCCAUCUCGAGGAUGGGAGGACUGUGGAGGAAGCUGCACACUGUUUGGGUCAACGUCGGGGGUUUACAUGCUGGAGUCUACCUCCUCAAGCGGACCGGGGCUGUGUUUGGCCAAACUCCUGAGGAUGUCUAUGAAUCACGAGGACCGGUUAAUACACAAGGAGACGAGAAGGACAACAAGGAGAUCUCUUAAUUCACAUCCUGGGUUUAAGUUCUGAAUUGAUAUUUGAGGCAUUGUAGGAUUAACGUUAUUUAUAUUCUCUUUAUUUAAUUUUUUCAUAAUUCAAGUUCUCUAGUCAGGCGUGCCAAACUAUUUUAGUCUGUAAGUUUUGUAUUUCUCAUUUGUUUUAAUUUGAUAAAUGGCUUAACUGGAAAGAGAAAAGCCAUUUCCAAGUUCAACAGCGGUUUAGUGUUUCUCACACUCUCAGCCAGUUCAUUUUUGAUAUUGCUGAAGGUUGUUUCAUUGCACACCACAGACCCGCUGUGUCCACUUAGCAGGAACUGCACAUUGCCAUUUGUUCUGAUGAAUAAAGAUUCCAAGAAAAUGUAAA